CGUGAGGGGGCGUGGACUUGCUGGUGCUGAAAACUGCGGAAGCGGAAGCCGUCGUCGUGUCGUAUCCUCGAAGAUUCCUGAAGAUCUACUCAGGCUGUAGGAUCUGGUUUCGGACAGCCUGAGACAAGUCAAUGCAGUCAGGGGGAAGACAGAGCAGCAGGAUGUACUAGACCAGCACUCAAGCAACAUAAAAUACAUCUUUGACAGCCUGACUUUAGAAAAGAUUACGGUGGUUUGAGUCCCCACCUCCCCCCCCCAGACACCAUGACGUCCUCUAUGCUCCGCAGACAGCUGAAGAACCUGGUCCAGAACUACUCUGAGGCUGAGGUCAAGGUGAGAGAGGCGACAUCUAAUGACCCAUGGGGCCCAUCCAGCACUCAGAUGGCAGACCUCUCUGAUCUGACCUACAAUGUGGUGGCCUGCAACGAGAUCAUGACGAUGCUCUGGAAGCGCCUGAAAGACGACAAGAACUGGAGACACAUCCACAAGUCCCUGACACUGCUGGAGUACCUGUUAAAGACCGGUGACGAUCGUGUGCUUCUGAAAAUGAAAGACAACAUCUACAUCGUCAAAGCCCUCACGGAGUAUCGCUUUGUAGAAAAAGAUGGCAAAGAUCAGGGUGGAAAUGUGAGAGAGAAGGCCAAAGUUGUCCUUGUUCUUAUGGAGGAUGAUGAGAAACUAAAGGAGGAGAGAGACUUUGCCCUCAAGACCAGAGAGAAGACGUCAAAAAGUUCUGCUGCCUCAUCCACCGACACCGUCACGGAUCCUAACUACAAGCCAGUCUACGUUCCCGGGACCUCAGGGCUUCCAUCCUUAGACAACAUACCCUCAGUGGCUGACUUGGCCGCUUCCUUCGCUGCCCGCAAAGAGGAGCGUCUUAAACAGGAAGCUGAGAAGAAAGAAGCAGAGAGGAGGGCCAAACUGAGUGAAGAAGAGCUGAAAUGGGAGGAUGCCGGGAAAGGCAAUGACGCAAAAGGGGGUGCCUGGGGAGGAGAGAAAGCAGAGGAGGUGAAAGAAGACCAAUGGGGAGCCCCCCAAGAACCUAAAGAGGCCACAGAUCCAUGGGGCACAUCAGCAAAACCUGACACAACUGACACAGAAGCUAGCAGUGAUCCUUGGGGUCCUCCAGCCAAAACUGAGGAAGAUCCAUUUUCAGCGCCAAAAACAGGUGAAAAUUCAUUUGCUGCCCCGAAGAAUGGAGAAGAUCCUUUUGCAGCACCAAAAGAUGAACCUGAUCCUUUUAGUGCAUCAAAAGAUGACCCGUUCAACACCCCAAAAGAUAGUUCAGACCCGUUCAAUGCACCCAAAGACAAGGAGGAUCCAUUUGCUGCACCAAAAGAUAAACCAGAUCCCUUCAGUUUGUCUAACAAUGAUCCAUUCAACACCCCAAAGAAUGAUCCAUUCAACGCCCCAAAAGAUGAUCCAUUCAGCACACCAAAGGAUGAUCCAUUCAACACCCCAAAAGAUGAUCCAUUUAAUGCUCCAAAGAAUGACAAAUUUAAUGCUCCAAAAGAUGAUCCUUUUAGCACCCUAAAUGAUGAUCCUUUUAAUGCCCCAAAGGAUGAUCACUUUAAUGCUCCAAAGCGCGAUCCUUUUACCACCCCAAAAGGUGAUCCUUUUAAUGCCCCAAAUGAUGACCCAUUCAGUACCCCAAUAGAUGAUCCAUUCACUGUGCCAGCUUCAACACCCCCUAAGGAAGACCCAUUUUCAGCCCCAGCGUCAUCUAAAGACGACCCCUUCACAGUCCCCACAACACCACCUAAAGAAGAUCCUUUCUCUACACCGAGUAAACUUUCCCAAGACGACCCUUUCGCUGCAGCAACAACCCCACCCAAAGAGGAUCCUUUCUCUGCACCGUCCAAACCUACAAAAGACGACCCUUUCACUGUAGCAACAACCCCACCCAAAGAGGAUCCUUUCUCUGCACCGUCCAAACCUACAAAAGACGACCCUUUUGCUGCAGCAACAACGCCACCCAAAGAGGAUCCUUUCUCUGCACCGUCCAAACCUACAAAAGACGACCCUUUUGCUGCAGCAACAACGCCACCCAAAGAGGAUCCUUUCUCUGCACCGUCCAAACCUACAAAAGACGACCCUUUUGCUGCACUAACAACACCCCCUAAAGAGGACCCAUUCACAGUGCCAUCCAGUCCACCAAAAGGGGAUGCCUCCGAUCCCUUCAAUGCCCCUCUGGUGAGCUCGCCCCAAGGCAGUGCAGAUUUGUGGGGAGCCCCUGCUAGUUCUCCACCCGCCACCGUGUCAGAUCCCUGGGGGCCGCCAUCUGCUCCAAAGGAAACAAAGAGCGGAGAUCCCUGGGGGGACGGGACAAGCCUCUCCUCACCCAUUGAUCAUUCUGAUGCAUUUGGAGAUUCAUCCAAACUGGACAAUGACCCAUGGGGAGCCCCAGCUGCAGCUCUAGUUAGCACGGAUGAUGCGUGGGGUUCACCUGCUCCACCCUUAGACUCCUCCCUAUCUAGUGACCCCUUUGGAGACGGUGCAUCUAAAAAAAGUGAUCCUUGGGGUGCACCAAGCAACAAUGCGACAGGAAAGCAAACGGCGCAGGAAGAGAAGUUGCAUGAAAAGACUGCGUCGUUUCUGGGCUGUGCGGGGGCGUCGCUUGUUGACCUGGACGAUCUAUUUUCUUCUAACCCCGAACCCAAACAGCGCCCCCUCGUCAACAAGCUCGUCGCCCAGACCCAAGCCAUCGGCGCUUUCAAAGCCAGGGGCAUGACAUCUGGCCCUGGGGUCAGAUCAGGAACUGUUGCAGGGGGGUUCCUUCCUGAAACGUCAUACUGCAGUCCUUUUGGGUCCACCCAUGCUCCCUCCUUUGGUGCACCUUCUCCCACUUUUGGAGCUGCUAAUCCUUCCAGUGAAACGCCCCUAUUUCAGCUACCGUCCCAUACCAUGGGCUUAAAUAUGCUUCAGGUGGCUCCUCCGUUCGCAGGAACUGGAAUGGUACAAUCCGUUUCUGUGGGAGGGAGUCCACAAAUGGGCCUUAACAUGAACCCCCCCUUUGGAGGAGUGGGAAUGGUGCAUCCUGGAUCCCCGGUGGGCAAUCCUUGGGCAAACCCCCUCUCAUCGGGAACAGGAAUGGGUCAGUCCAGUUUCUAUGGAGGAAAUCACCAAGCAGGAGUGGCUCACUUGGGAGGAUCCACUCCACUAGGCGGCGGGGGAGUCCCCUUCCAGCCACAGUUUCUCUCAGGCAGCGGGUCAGGUGAGACCUUGAACAAAAACAACAAUCCAUUCCUGUUCUGACACCUUGCCAUGUAUUCAUGCAUGUAUUAUAUGUUUUAGCCUCUUAAAUGUAUAUGUUGCAAACAUUUUCCAAAACAUAGCAUAUAUUUAGAUUGCUUUAUUAUGCAUCUCCAGGCAGCCAUUGGUUUUCAGUUACCCUCGUCAUGAAUUUUCCAUCAUCAUUUUCCCUCAACCUUACAAUAUAUAAUUUAAAUGUAUUUCAGUUUUGUAGGCAGGGACUACAAGAUCUCGUAUUGAAAGGCUCGUGAAAAAGAUAAUGUUAAUUUGGCCAUUUCUCGUGUUGAAAAGGUUGCUUUUCAGCAGCCGACUCUCAAAGCUCGGAUGUCAUAUGUCCUUGAACGCACCAAGAAAGAAGACCAAAUAAUGAGACGAGAGUGCCUGCUCCUAACUGAUCCAGCUUGUAAUAACAGCAUUCAUUUGACAAAUGUGGUGAGCUGAAAUCAAUGACAGCCUGGAAGGUAGGAAACGGUAUAAACCCUUUAUGAUAUUCUUUUGGAAAAUGAGCAGUAGUUACAUGCAUAUAACCUGUCAAGGCUAAAACAUGCAAAACAACUUGUCAGAUCCUUUAAUUGAACCCCUCCCCUUGUGAUCUACACAUGCCCAAUCAAUAUAAUAGCCAUGGUUUAAAUGUAUGCAACACAAUGUAUUACAGAAAUGCACACAAAUCUGUUGGCUAGACCAGCAGUCGUAUUCCUUUUCAUGCACAAGUUUGAGAAACAGAGAGCACCUAAAUAUGAGUGUCUGUGGAAAUCCUGAAGAAUUACUGUGGAUGGGAGUGUUGAGCUGUAAAACACUGACAGAACUGAUCAAGGAAAGACGUCCCUGUAGGUUAUCAUUAAGUGUGUAUGUGUUUGAACAAGGCAGACUUUGUGUGUGUGCGUGUGUGUGUGUGUGAUAUUGUGCUGAUGUAAAUACUAGAAGUAAUCACAGAUAAACCUUGAAAUAUGCUGUAUAUUAGAGUGUUACAAUCAUGAGUAACUAUUUAUUGAUCUAUUUAUUGAUUGAUUUAUUGCUUGAUUAUUUAUUGAUGCAACAAUGCAGCAAUGGCCUCCAACAAAGUUCAGGUUCACUUUCAUUACAGUGUCACUAUCAGGCGGGUUGACCUGAUGGUAUUUAUUACAAGUGAUCUCAAGCAUGAUUGGCUUCAAUCUGAUACGGCUGUUCAAGAACUGCACUGUCAAUCAACUCGGUAACCAAUGGUGGCUUUCUCUUCACUGUUUUAGAUUCGUAGUCGUUCUGGAUUUGUUGUGUAAUUGAACAUGUCUCCUCUGUAUCUCUAGGCAUUAUACAAGAAACCGAAAUGUCUGAAUAAAAACCGAAUUUGAACAUA